AUGGCAGCCAAGGAUAUAUCCACCGAAGUUCUCCAAAACCCUGAGUUGUAUGGGCUGAGGCGGUCUCAUAGAGCUUCUACCCAUCAGCAAAACUACUUUAAUGAUAGUGAUGAUGAAGAUGACGAAGAAAAUAUCAAGCAGUCUAGAAGGAAGAGAAAGACGACCAUUGAAGACGAAGAAGACGAAUUUGAAGACGAAGAAGGCCAGGAUGAUUCCGAAGAAGGCGAAGCAGAGGAAGACUUCGAAGAAGACGAGGAUUAUUAUGGCUCUCCUAAAAAGGUAAACCGUACAAAAGCGAAGUCAAGAACGACACCAAAGUCUCAAUCUAAGCUAAAAUCUCAAUCCACAAAGCAAUCUGCAGCUAAAAUCCCAACAAGGUUUUCUAAUCGUCAAAACAAAACAAUAAAUUAUAACGUUGAUUACAGCGAUGAUGACCUUUUGGAAUCUGAAGAUGAUUACGGUUCCGAAGACGGGUUAUCGGAGGAAAAUACGUAUGAAGUAUCUACCAACCCUCAACCUGAAGACUUCCACGGUAUUGAUAUUGUUAUCAAUCACAGACUAAAAACAUCUUUGGAGGAAUCGAAGGUCUUGGAGAGAACUGUUCCUGAUCUCAACAACUGCAAGGAAAACUAUGAAUUUUUAAUCAAAUGGACAGAUGAAUCCCAUCUGCACAAUACGUGGGAAACUUAUAAAUCUAUUGGUCAAGUUCGUGGUCUGAAAAGACUAGAUAAUUAUUGUAAACAGUUUAUCAUCGAAGAUCAACAAAUAAGGCUAGACCCAUACGUUACCGCUGAAGAUAUUGAGAUCAUGGACAUGGAACGUGAGCGUAGACUCGAUGAAUUUGACGAGUUUCAUGUACCAGAAAGAAUUAUAGAUAGCCAACGUACUUCGUUAGAAGAUGGGACCUCGCAGUUGCAGUAUCUAGUUAAAUGGCGCCGUCUAAAUUACGAUGAAGCUACCUGGGAGAAUGCGACUGAUAUUGUGAAAUUAGCACCUGAACAAGUUAAGCAUUUCCAAAACAGAGAAAAUUCCAAAAUUCUUCCACAAUAUUCUAGUAAUUAUACUUCACAAAGGCCACGUUUUGAAAAGUUGAGCGUACAGCCACCAUUCAUAAAAGGUGGAGAGUUAAGAGACUUCCAACUGACUGGUAUCAAUUGGAUGGCAUUUUUGUGGUCAAAAGGUGAUAAUGGUAUAUUGGCAGAUGAGAUGGGUUUGGGAAAAACCGUCCAGACAGUCGCAUUUAUCAGUUGGCUGAUAUUUGCACGUAGACAAAACGGACCUCACAUCAUUGUGGUUCCUUUAUCAACAAUGCCUGCUUGGUUAGAUACGUUUGAAAAAUGGGCACCAGAUCUGAACUGUAUAUGCUAUAUGGGCAAUCAAAAAUCCAGAGAUACCAUCAGAGAGUACGAAUUUUACACGAAUCCACAGGCAAAGGGGAAGAAAACAAUGAAGUUUAAUGUUUUAUUAACAACAUACGAAUACAUCUUAAAAGACCGUACUGAAUUAGGAGGAAUAAAGUGGCAAUUUAUGGCCGUUGAUGAGGCUCAUAGGCUAAAAAAUGCCGAGUCAUCUCUUUAUGAGUCGUUAAACAGUUUUAAGGUUGCCAAUCGUAUGUUGAUUACAGGUACUCCUCUUCAGAACAAUAUUAAAGAAUUGGCAGCUUUGGUUAAUUUUCUAAUGCCUGGAAGAUUUACGAUUGAUCAAGAGAUUGAUUUUGAAAACCAAGAUGAAGAACAAGAGGAAUAUAUUCAUGAUUUACAUAGAAGAAUACAACCUUUUAUUCUUCGUCGUUUGAAGAAAGACGUAGAAAAAUCGCUUCCAUCAAAGACAGAACGUAUCUUAAGAGUUGAAUUAUCGGACGUACAAACUGAAUACUAUAAGAAUAUCCUGACAAAGAACUACUCGGCUUUAACUGCAGGUGCUAAAGGGGGGCAUUUCUCUCUACUUAAUAUUAUGAAUGAAUUGAAGAAAGCAUCAAACCAUCCAUAUCUUUUUGAUAAUGCAGAGGAGCGCGUAUUACAGAAGUUUGGGGAUGGUAAAAUGACUCGGGAAAACGUGUUAAGGGGCUUAAUUAUGUCCUCAGGUAAAAUGGUUCUUUUAGAUCAAUUAUUGACCAGAUUGAAAAAGGAUGGGCAUCGCGUGUUAAUUUUCUCCCAAAUGGUUAGAAUGCUUGACAUUCUGGGUGAUUAUUUAUCUAUUAAAGGUAUCAACUUCCAAAGAUUAGAUGGUACAGUGCCAUCUGCUCAGAGAAGAAUAUCUAUUGACCACUUUAACUCUCCAGAUUCAAACGAUUUCGUGUUUUUACUAUCCACUCGUGCUGGUGGUUUGGGUAUUAACUUGAUGACUGCUGAUACUGUUGUUAUCUUUGAUUCUGACUGGAAUCCUCAGGCAGAUUUACAAGCAAUGGCGAGAGCCCAUCGUAUUGGUCAAAAGAAUCAUGUUAUGGUGUAUCGAUUGGUUUCAAAAGAUACAGUAGAAGAAGAGGUUCUAGAAAGAGCACGUAAGAAAAUGAUUUUGGAAUAUGCUAUUAUCUCUCUUGGAGUGACUGAUGGUAAUAAAUACACUAAAAAAAAUGAACCAAAUGCUGGUGAAUUAUCAGCAAUUUUGAAGUUCGGCGCAGGUAAUAUGUUUACUGCUAGAGACAAUCAGAAAAAAUUAGAAGAUCUUAAUUUGGAUGAUGUUUUGAAUCAUGCGGAAGACCACGUUACUACCCCAGAUCUAGGAGAGUCGCAUCUUGGUGGCGAAGAGUUUUUGAAGCAAUUCGAAGUCACAGAUUAUAAAGCUGAUGUGGAUUGGGAUGAUAUCAUUCCCGAAGAAGAAUUGAAGAAACUUCAAGAUGAAGAGCAGAAACGUAAGGAUGAAGAAUAUGUCAAAGAACAACUUGAAAUGAUGAACAGAAGGGAUAAUGCUCUAAAAAAAAUAAAAAAUAGUGUUAAUGGCGAUGGGACAGCUGCCAACUCAGAUUCUGAUGAAGAUAGUACUUCCAGAUCAUCUAGAAGAAGGGCAAGAGCUAACGAUAUGGAUUCUAUUGGUGAAACUGAGGUCAGGGCUUUGUAUAAAGCUAUUUUAAAGUUUGGUGACCUGAAGGAAAUUUUGGACGAGUUAAUUGCUGACGGGACUUUACCAGUCAAAUCAUUUGAAAAAUACGGUGAAACAUACGAUGAAAUAAUGGACACUGCUAAAGAAUGUGUCAAUGAAGAAGAGAAGAAUAGAAAGGAAACAUUAGAGAAGCUUGAGAAGGACGCUACAAUUUAUAGAGCAAAGCUGAAAACCGGGGAAGUAAAGGCAGAAAAUCAACCAAAGGAUAAUCCAUUGACGAGAUUAACAUUGAAGAAAAGAGAAAAGAAAGCCGUACUUUUUAAUUAUAAAGGUGUGAAAUCCUUAAACGCAGAAUCUUUAUUAAGUAGGGUGGAAGAUCUAAAGUUCUUGAAAAACUUGAUAAAUUCAAAUUACAAAGAUGAUCCGUUGAAGUUUAAUUUAGGUAACAAUACGCCUAAGCCUGUACAGAAUUGGACCUCUGAUUGGUCGAAGGAAGAAGAUGAGAAGCUAUUGAUUGGUGUUUUCAAGUAUGGAUAUGGUUCUUGGGCGCAAAUAAGAGACGAUCCAUUCCUAGGCAUUACAGAUAAAAUAUUCUUGAAUGAAGUUCACAAUUCUGCAUCAAAAGUUCUGCCAAGUUCAUCCGAUACUACACCAACUCCUACAAAGAAGGGAAAGGGAAUAACCGGCUCUUCCAAAAAGGUACCUGGCGCCAUUCACUUAGGUAGAAGAGUCGACUAUCUACUAUCCUUUUUAAGAGAAGGCUCAAAUGCAAAAAGUCCUAGUGCUGAACCAAGCUUAAAAAAACUUCCCACUGGUCCUGCCAAGAAAAGGCAAAGAAAACCCUCCAACCAUAGCAAGUCGAUGACUCCAGAAGCCACGAAUUCUGAAUCUACAAAUGGCCCACCAAGCAAACGAAUGAAGGCCCUUCCAAAAGGCCCUGCAGCCUUAAUAAACAGCACAAGGUCCUCCCCGAAUAAUUCAUCCCCCUCAUUGAAGUCUAAAUCUUCCAGGGACAAUGCUGCAAGGCAAACAAGCAACCCCAGUAACGGUAGUGCCCACGAGAAAGAAUAUGACAGCAUGGAUGAAGAAGAUUGCCGACACACAAUGAGUGCCAUCCGUACUUCUUUGAAACGUCUUAGAAGAGGCGGCAAAGGACUUGAUCGUAAAGAGUGGGCCAAAAUUCUAAAGAAUGAACUUACUACGAUUGGUAACCACAUCGAAUCACAGAAAGGCUCAUCGAGAAAAACAAGCCCAGACAAAUAUCGCAAACACCUUUGGUCAUACAGUGCAAACUUCUGGCCAGCCGAUGUUAAAAGUACAAAACUGAUGGCAAUGUACGACAAGAUAACAGAAUCCCAAAAGAAGUAG